AGAAAGUUCAGUUUUUUUCCAGUCUAGCAAUAUUCGGACUUUUCUUACACCUAAAUUUCUCAAUCGGUUUUUUUUUAUAUUCUGCAAAAAUAUGUUCCGCCGAUUAAAAGGAAUCCGACCUUUCGCAGAGUCGUGUAGCUUUCUAUGGCGCAACUUUUCGGGAAAUUCCCGCAAGAAGCCAAAGUUCGUAAAGCGCCCCCCUCUAAAUCCCAAAAGCAAUCUCUUCAACUGGCCCACGCUCCAAAGAUUUCCAGCUGAAAACGAAAGAGUCGUCGAUGACAAGGACGAGAAGCCGUAUUCCACCUUCAAAGUGGACAGCAAUCGAGUGCAGGAAAUGUGGCAGAAGGCCAGAAUUGGAGCCAAAGAGCAGGUGGUUCUGGUCGAGCGCGAACCGGCCAAACAAGCCACCAAUCCCAAGGAGUACUCACCGGUCCGAAGCAGCGAGAGCUCCAAGCCGGGAUCCUGGACUUCAGCCACUGUUCUGGCGGCCACGGGAAAAAUUCAGCACCACCGGUACAUGCGAACGCCCCCCAAGAUGACCACGAAUAGCUACCAGACUGAAAAUCAGUCUGAAAUCCCGUACCGUCCAGAAAAUUCGGCAUCCGGCAGCAAAUCGGAGCAGUUCAAGACGUCUAAUCUUCAGGAACUGGCCAAGUCCGUGGCCGAACUGCACAGAUUCCGUGCCGAGGAAAUGGACAAGAUGCGAACUCGGGAGGAAUACUCCAAGGAAUCGGCCUGCCUGAAAUUGUGCGACCUCUCGGCUCUGGGCAAAAUACGAUUUAGUCACUAGACACGACGCGAAAAGGAGGAGCAAAAAUUAUGGAGCAAGUCUACGAAGUUACGUGGAUUGUGUAUAAUUUAUUACUAAUUUUUCCUCCUCCCCAGGAAGCGUUUCAAACAAAUCCGCUUAAUGCCGUAUAAUAAUAUUCAGGAGUUGAUAUAAGCUGGCUACAUAUUUUGUACAUAUCUCCUGAUCGGAAGCGGAUUUUUCGAUUCGACAACUUGUAUUAUUGGACCAUGUGCAGCAUAUUACAGGAUUCUCAUAAGUAUAGCCUUUCGGAAAGAUAAAAAAAUUGUAUUUUAAUAAUUGAUAUUUAUAAAAAAAUAUAUUUGG